CAGUACUUUUAAAGAUAUACAAACAAUUGCACGUGCUGAAUUUACAACUUGGAACAACUACGAUUUUUUUUUGUAGUUUUCCGUUUUUACAGUUAGAAUAAUUCCAGUCGGUGACCAGGAAUACCAUUAACCGAACAAUUGCCAAUUUGCGGGACAAUUUACAAAAGCCUUUAUACCAAUUGUUGAUACAGCCCUCAAAAUGUCUACGGGAGAGCCGGUCUCAGCUUAUGGUGUUUUUAAGGCAGCCAAGGAUAUGAAGAAGUCCAAGAAAAAUCAGAAUGGUUCAGGAAAGGGUAAAAAUGCCAACAAAGGUCGAGUUAAGAAACUGGCAUGUGCACCGGCUUCGGGCGGCACGAAAGUAGCUGGUAAAAUAAAAAACUUAAAUACAAGUGUCCAGGGUAAGACAUUGGCCAGCAAACCUAAAGAUAACGACAGUACAGCCAAAAACCAUACAAACAGCAAAAAAUCCCAUACAAAACAUACAGCUGCAAAUAAAAAUUUUAAAGGUUCAGAGGUGCUUAAUCUUGUGGAUAAUUUGUACACAGAAGAUGGCAAGAAACUUACCAAAGCCGAACAGAAAAAGAAAAAAGAUCUAGAGGAGUACUUGAUAAAACAACUAGAAAAGGAUGAUGGUAAUCAAGGGGCAGCAGAUGAUAGUUUUGAUAGUGAGGGUUCCGAGGAGGAGGAAACUUAUUCCGAUUCGGAUGUUUACUCAGAUGAAUAUACCAUCGAUGAAAGUGGCAGUUAUACGGAUGAGGAAACUGGUGAAGGUCAAGAUACCGCCUCUUACACCGACCAGGAAUCCUCAAGCACUAAUGAUGAUGACCAUCAAGCCGCUGAAGCUUUGGCCCAAGCCAUACUCGCCAAAACCAAUAAGAAACGCAAAAGUCCUGAACAUUCGCAACCUAAAACUAAAUCCAAUACAGUUAUAGAGGCCAAAAAAUCGAAAAAAACUGAAGAUAACUCCAAACCAACCUCACGCAAAUCUUUGCCUGCAAUCAAACACGAGAAAGUCGUAGCCGAGGAGCAUAAAAGUCGUCGCUCUUCCUUAGCUUCUUUAGAUGACUUUUCAAAGAAAUCUACUCCUAAAGCUGCUGCCAGCAAAAUUUCCACCACAGCCAAUGUUAAAUUGGAACCUUUAUCGCCUCCCUCGAAUAUUGUCAAACUAAGCAGUAUUGAAGAGGGCAAACGAGCCUUUAAGUGGCUGCUCAAUCCGGUGAAAGGUGAAGAUUUCUUUGCCAAAUAUUGGGAACAAAAGGCUUGUAUGAUCAAGCGUCAACAGUCGAAUUAUUUUGGUCAUUUGAUUUCCUUUGAAAGUAUCGAUCAGAUGUUGCUGAAGAAUCAUGUAGAAUUUACCAAGAACAUAGAUGUUACAACGUACAAGAAUGGUGUUCGUGAAACUCUAAAUCCCGAGGGCCGUGCCCUGCCGCCUGUGGUCUGGGAUCACUAUGGUCAAGGCUGUAGUAUACGUUUGCUUAAUCCUCAAACCUUUUUGCCCGGACUUUUUACGCUCAGUACUACUAUGCAGGAAUACUUUCAGUGUUUAGUGGGAGCCAAUGCCUAUUUGACGCCACCCAACAGCCAGGGCUUUGCCCCCCACUACGAUGAUAUUGAAGCAUUUGUUUUACAAAUUGAAGGACGCAAACGUUGGAAGCUUUAUAAGCCACGUAGUACUUCGGAAAUAUUGCCUCGAUUUUCAUCUAAGAAUUUCACUCAGCAGGAGAUUGGUAAACCGGUGUUGGAGGAAGUUUUGGAACCAGGAGAUGUUUUGUAUUUCCCACGCGGCACCAUUCACCAAGCAUGCACUGAACCCGGCUAUCAUUCUUUGCACAUUACUUUGAGUGUCUAUCAGAAACAGUCAUUUGCUGACUUGUUUGAGAAAAUGUUACCUUUGAUGUUGCAAAAGGCCAUUGCUAGUAAUGUGGACUUGAGAAGAGGUUUACCUUUGCAUGCCUGGCAGCAUGCCGGUAUAGCCUAUAGUGAUGACAGCACCAAAGAGCGAGCCGAUCUAACCAAAAAGGUUACCCAACUUAUGCACAAAUGCAUGCGUGAUAUGCCUUUGCAGGAAAUUAUGGACGCUGGCAUGGAUCAAUUGGCCAAAAAAUUCCAACACGAGGCUUUGCCACCAGAAGUUUUGCCAGCUGAAAAAUUGCGCACUGUUUUUGGAUCACGCAGCCGCACUAAUGAACGUGGCGAAUGUGUGUGUGAUUAUGAUAUUGAUGAGCGUACCAAUGUACGUUUGCUGCGUGGCAAUAUCAUGCGUCUGGUGGAAGAGGAGGAGAAGAUACGUAUUUACUAUUAUUUGGAUAAUUCCAGGGAAUACUGUGAAUAUGAACCCAACUUUAUAGAAAUUGAGGCCAUGGAGGCAGCCAGUGUAGAGGUUUUAAUAAAAUCAUAUCCCCAAUAUGUGGGAGUAUCACAAUUGCCCUUGCCAUCGGAUGAGCAGAAAAUCACAUUGGUUACUGCCUUGUGGGAAAGAGGUUUGCUAAUGAUGGAAAAGCCUUUUAGGUAAAUGCGAAGAAAACGACAUAUUAUAGAUGUGUGAGGUUUUAAGACAAGUCUGCUAGCUUAGAAUAUUUAAUUAUGUGUACUUCCCUAAUAUUUGUAAUUGAGAAAUUUGUUUAUUUUUUUAAUUGUUUCUUUUUUUUAAUAUUUGUUUUAAUUGAAAAAAAUAUAUGAAGAAAAUAAAGGCAUGUUUACAAUUUAAUAAAGAUUAUUAUAAGAAAUCAAACAAAAAA